AUGGACCAGAUUAGCUCUCAUCUCGGAGCCGCUGGCGGAGAGAACGAAGACGAAGAGGAGGAGGAGGAAGAUGAUGAUGAGGAGGAUGACGAUGAUGAUGAGGAGGAAGGAGUCGGGACCGGAGAUGUAGUCCCUGUCACGGUACCAGUGAUACAGCCUGGCCAGCUGUCCCCAAGUACUCCAGAAAAGGAUUCUGUUGGUGUGGUGUCAGAUCUGGAGGGUGCACUUGAAAUUCCUGUUGAUCCGGAACCUGAGCUAGUGCCAGAGAGGGAUACUGAUGCUUUGGAGCAGCCAGAGGAACCAACCUCCUCUACGUCAGGCUCUCCUCAAGCACUAGUACCCCCCUGUAUAUCCAGUGAGCCAGAGUCACCCUCUAGCCGCCAUGUUCUUUUAAGUAGCGGGCCAUGCAUGGUGUGUCGUGUUUGCCCCAAGUUACUCAGGUCAGGUUUUUGUAAUGGGAUGGACUAA